AUGGAUUGGUUGAUGGCAAAUAAUGCCACCUUAGACUGUGCUAGGAAGAUAGUUUUGUUAUCGGUACAUACUGCACAAGCUAAUAUUUCUAGCGAGUCUAAGUUCUUAUCAGUAGUGCAAGCAGAGAAACUGGUGCAACAAGGAUGUAUGGCUUAUAUAGUUUUCUUCUCAGUGCAUAGGGUCUAUGAUGGAAGUAUUUAUAAGAUUGGGGUAGCGAAUGAAUUCCUUAAGGUAUUUACGGAUGAUAUGUCUGGUUUGCCUCCAGAAAGGAAAGUGGAAUUCAUAAUAGACCUAGUGCCAGGAAUUGAACCAAUCUUAAAGGCACCAUAUCAGAUGUCACCAACUGAGUUAGCUGAGUUGAAGAAGAAGAUAGAGGAGUUACUUGUAAAGGGGUUUAUUAGACCCAGUAUGUCACCUUGGAGAUCACCUGUACUAUUUGUUAAGAAGAAGGACAGUAGCUUACAGCUCUAUAUUGAUUAUUGA